AGACGUACAUCCCGGGAAGGAAAAUGCUUUGUGGACCCUUGUGCCGAUUCCUGUGGCUUUGGCCCUAUCUGUCCUAUGUUGAAGCUGUGCCAAUCCGAAAAGUCCAGGAUGACACCAAAACCCUCAUCAAGACGAUUGUCACCAGGAUCAAUGACAUUUCACACACGCAGUCUGUCUCCUCCAAACAGAGAGUCGCUGGUCUUGACUUCAUUCCUGGGCUCCACCCUGUCCUGAGUUUGUCCAAGAUGGACCAGACAUUGGCCAUCUACCAACAGAUCCUCACCGGUCUGCCUUCUAGAAACGUGGUCCAAAUAUCUAAUGACCUAGAGAACCUCCGGGACCUUCUCCACCUGCUGGCUUCCUCCAAGAACUGUCCCUUGCCCCGGGCCAGGGGCCUGGAGACCCUCGAGAGCCUGGGCGGUGCCCUGGAAGCGUCACUCUACUCCACGGAGGUGGUGGCCCUGAGCCGGCUGCAGGCUUCUCUACAGGACAUGCUUUGGCGGCUGGACCUCAGCCCUGGGUGCUGAGGCCUGGAAGACCUCUCGUCCCAAAGUCGAGGAGAGAACCCAUGGCUCCCAGGUGUCUUCAGCAGAGAGCCUGUGUGGGUGUCCUUUAUCCAGGCCCCAGGCCAUUAGUCUCUCACACCUUUGAGCCACUCUUCCAAAGGCAUAAGCCUUUAAGGCACGAAACCAAAGAUAGAAUGCAUGAUUCCGUGCUCACCGGGAAGGGAGACCCACCCGGCAGUGAACCGGACCUGAGGAUCUCACAAAAGCCUUCCUUCCUGUGCCACCUCCCCUCUCACCGCAUGCUUCAGCGUGACCUGGGGUGAUUUCAGGAGGCACCCGCUGAGCCUUUGGACCAUCAAGCGAGGUUCUGUCUGAGAAUUCUGAGAACACCAUGACGGUUACAUCCACAUAGCUGCAAACUCCCAAGCAACACAUUAUUUAUUCUGCGUUUUAUCCUGGAUGGAUCUGAAGCAAAACAGCAGCUUUUCCAGGCUCUUUGGGGCCAGCCAGGGCUAGGGAUGCUGCUUCCAGCCCCGCUGGUGGGCCUGGCUAAGGCAAACCCAUUUCUAUGUGACUUGAGGGCUCUCAAGUUAGUUCUUUGGUAACUGGUUUUGUUUCUACCAUGACUGAUGUGAAAUUACAGUGUUUGCAAUGGCAUUGCCCUGAGCAGAUCUCCAAGGACCAGGUUCUUCCAAAAAGAAGAUGAAUUUUGUCAAGUGUGAUAUAUAGAUGUGUGCACCCGGAGGUGGGGGAACGUGUUAGUGGGAAGGGGAAGGAUCAGAAUGUAUUUUCUGAAUUACAUUUGUGUGAUGGGCUCUUCGGAUGGGGUGGAGUCAUUUUCUCAUCUCUGCAGCCACUUAGUGUGGUUUUCUGGAAAAUAACAAAGGAGAUGACUCCUUUGGGGGGGGGGGGUUGUGGGGUUUUGGCAGCCACCUAUGGAGGGAGGCUGGGGACUGUCUAUUGGGACAGUUGUGAGCUCUGGCCUUCUCCAAUUGCGAGAGAGAGGUCUUUCUUAUCAGGGAGUGAGGAUCCCUCACUGGAGACCAUGAUCCCCAGAGCAGGGGUCCUUGGAAUGGCCCUUGGAAUGGUCUGGGGAUGAUCCCACACUGGAUUUAUUACAUGGCAGUACCCCUACUUGGGAUUUGCAUGCCAAAUUGUGGUUCUCAUCAGACUGGCUCACCCAAAGCACGACCAUGUUUCCUACCCAUUUGGUGUGGACUUUUAUUCCAGUGGGAAGGUCUGUGGGCUUUAGCGGGUGGUCCCAAAACUUGGGCCAGCAAUGCUGAGUGCCAGGACUCCCGGGCCAGGCUGCCAGGAGCGCCUUUCCCACUAGAGGUCAUGUUUGGUGGGAUGAAUGAACAAGGAGGCUUGGGUUUUCCACCGUCCUGCCACUGUUAUGAGGCCAUCACGUGACAGGUGGUGGAUCUGUCCAAGGAAAUUCGAAUCAAAGCUAUCAACGUUCAGACUGAGCACCUACUUCGCGCUCAGCCCUGAUUGGUGCUAUGGGCUAGAGAAGCUCACCAAGUAAACGUUAAAAUCCAGUCUUGCCCUCAGGGACCUUGCAUUCCCGAUGGUAAAAACUUUACACAGCAGCGCUAAGGCUGGCCUUUCACCAUGGUAACCAAGCUGCUGAAAGAGUGAGCUCCUGAGCAGGUGGGAAAUGCUGGGCAGAGGGUGGCAGUCCUCAGGGGCCCACUGGCUAACCCUGCUUGCACUUGGUAGCAUUUUUGCUUUUCAGGGCCCGGCAGCAUUAAUUACCGUGUAGCCACAUCCCUUUGAAGCAGCUUGGCUGACAGUUUAAAAAUGAGAAAAUGCCUGAGACCAUAACAGCUGAUAGGUAGCUGGGCCAAGACUAGAGCUCAGGUCCUCUGGCUCCCCAGAGUGUCCCUGCAGCCAGGUAGUGCUCCCCGGAGGUACAAAUAGGCACUGGGCAAGGGAGACCAGGAGUGAUUGCUGGGAGAGAGGAGCUGGAGGCAACUUUGCAGGAGGUGAGGGAUGUGAAUUGCCUGGAGGGUGGAGGCUGUUUUGUUGGCGCUGAGACACCAGGGUGAAGGCACGUGCAGCCAGUUACAAAGAAAGGCAGACAAAGGACAGACGAGAGGGAAAGGGACACAUGGAAGAGGCCUUCUGCGGCAAAGAAGUUUGAUAUCGAAAGGGUUAAGAGUUGAAAGUUCCAGAGCAGAGUGAUUCAUGAGAUGGACAGAGUAAGGCCCGUUCUGGAGAAUACGACCUAGAUAAUCACUACCACCCAGUCAGGCUGGGAUCUUUUAAGCCUUUCAUUCACCAAAACCGGGCACUGUGGCUUAUUCUCAGAGUAUAAAAGUUCUAAAAUGUAAAUGAUUGUCUUUUUUUUGUAACUUCAAAAAUGUUUUUGGUUGUUAAAAAAAAAAAA